AUGCCGAAGAAUAAGGGAAAGGGAGGUAAAAACAGGAGAAGAGGAAAGAACGAGAACGAGGCAGAGAAGAGAGAGUUGGUCUUCAAAGAAGACGGUCAAGAAUAUGCGCAAGUGGUGAAAAUGUUGGGAAACGGUAGGCUAGAGGCAAUGUGCUUCGAUGGCACGAAGCGGUUGUGCCAUAUCAGAGGUAAACUCCGUAAAAAGGUCUGGAUCAAUCAGGGCGACAUCAUUCUAGUUGGUCUCCGAGACUAUCAAGAUGCGAAAGCCGAUGUGAUUCUGAAGUAUAAUCCCGACGAGGCGCGUAAUCUUAAAUCGUAUGGAGAGCUUCCCGAGCAUGCGAAGAUCAACGAAAACGUUGCGUUCGGGGAAGAGGAAGAAGACGACAACAUUGAGUUCGACGACGUGUCUGGCGAUGAGGAUAUUGACGACAUCUGAGGAAAACUCAAGGAGACUCGAGUCCGCAGUCCGCUGCUGUACAAAGCUGUGUAUGGAACCAGCAAGGAAUACCCUUAUUUACCGUUCGUGGAGAGAUCCAACGCCCUCGAGUUCAAUGCUAUCUUGAUCGGGGGUCGUUCCUGAAUAAAUAUAUUUGUUCCAA